ACAGAGACACAGGCAAAAACCCUUUCCUUUCCCGUUUUUGAGGUUUAGUAGAUUAGAAGAAGAAGAAGAAGAAAGAUAGAUAACAAAAUGAAAUGAAUACCUUCUUCACCAAAAGCUACACGACAUUACAGUAUUAUUAGUCGCAAGUCGCAACAAACAACACAACACAACACAACAAAUGCUUUUGCUUAUUCGAAAUGCAUAAACUCCUUCACCGCCCAACCUCUUCUUCACUUCCUAUCCCUAUUCUCUCUUCUUCUUCUUCUUCUUAUUCUCCUCUUCUUAUUUCCAAUUCCAAUUCCAAUUCCACCCCUCUUUUACUCAGCUUACCCCUUAAACCCUUUCAUUCUUUAACAAUGGCGGCCGCCACUUCUUCUUCUACUUCUUCUGGGGUUUCUUUCCCUCUUCAAAAAUCCCUCUCUUCUUCUUCUUCUCCUCGUUAUUCCAACGCUUCUUAUGUUCGUACAUGUUUUUGUCCAACCCUAACCCUAACACGUCACACUACAACAACUAGUACUAGUAAUAACACCAAAAACCUUCCAUGGCUACUUCUUAAACAUUCUCAACAUUCAAAUGCUACUUCACAAUCUUCUUUUCAUAAUAACCCUGAACAACAGAGUACUCCAACAACAGAGGAUGAUUCCUCUUCCUCUUCUUCCUCUUCUACAAACACAACUUCAUCUUUUAGACUUAAUAAUAGGAGGCACCAAAAGGCAGAAUCAUCAUCUACUCCUCCUGAUUUGUUGGCUAUUCCUGGUGUGGGUCCCAGAAAUUUCAGAAAACUCGUUCAGAAAGGUAUCCAAGGUGUUGCUCAACUCAAACAACUCUACAAAGAUAAGUUCAUUGGCAAAUCAAGUGAUCAAAUGGUUGAGUAUCUGCAGAGUUCUGUUGGAAUUAUCCACAAGAACCAUGCUGAAAGUAUAACUACUUUCAUUAAAAAGAGUGUUGAUGAAGAAGUAGAUGAUAAUUCCUCUGGGAAGCAGCCUACGCAGAAGAAGCGACUUACGUUCUGUGUCGAGGGUAAUAUCAGUGUUGGCAAGACUACUUUCCUUCAGAGAAUAGCCAAUGAAACUAUUGAACUGCGUGAUCUCGUCGAGGUGGUUCCUGAACCAAUUGGCAAGUGGCAGGAUGUUGGACCUGACCACUUCAAUAUCCUCGAUGCUUUUUAUGCUGAGCCACAGAGGUAUGCAUACACCUUUCAGAACUACGUAUUUGUUACUAGGGUGAUGCAGGAAAGAGAGUCUUCUGCUGGCAUCAAGCCUCUUCGAUUGAUGGAGAGGAGUGUUUUCAGUGACAGGAUGGUUUUUGUACGAGCUGUUCAUGAAGCCAAUUGGAUGAAUGAGAUGGAGAUAAGCAUUUAUGACUCUUGGUUUGAUCCUGUUGUGUCUACCUUGCCUGGCCUUAUUCCUGAUGGUUUUAUCUAUCUCAGAGCAAGUCCUGAUACUUGCCAUCAAAGAAUGAAGUUAAGGAAGAGAGAAGAAGAAGGUGGAGUCAGCCUAGAGUAUCUCCGCGACCUCCACGAAAAGCAUGAGAGCUGGUUAUUCCCCUCCCAAAGUGGUAAUCAUGGAGUAUUAUCGGUCAAUAAGCUUCCCCUCCACGUCGACAACUCGUUACACCCUGAUAUAAGAGACCGUGUAUUUUAUCUCGAGGGUGACCACAUGCAUUCCAGCAUUCAGAAGGUUCCUGCAUUGAUUCUAGACUGUGAACCCAAUAUUGAUUUCAGCAAGGAUAUUGAAGCCAAGAGGGAAUAUGCGCGCCAAGUUGCAGAGUUUUUUGAAUUUGUCAAGAAACAGCAAGUUCUAUCUGUCGAAGGUGAGAAAAAUAGCCAGAACCAACCACAGGUGCUGCUACCUCAUGAAGGUAACCUGUGGCUACCAGGUGGAAAGCCUUUCCCCCGGGCACCCUUGGACUUCAGAAGGGCAAUGUCAUAUAUGUCUGGUAGUGGCUGAUAACAUUGUGAUUGGGAUGAAGAUAUACUAAUAGCUCCUUGUUUAUGUUUUCAUGUUUUUUCUGCAUGUAAAGAUUUUAACUCGGACCUUGACUGAUGUAAAGUUGGUAGUUAUUUAUGGUUGUCAAAUACUUCGUUAGUUGCUACUAAUCUACUAGACUACUUGGUUUGUAUUUCUUUGGUUACAAAGAUGGUCUUUCUACAAAUGUGUUUUUGUUCAUUAAUGAUACACAAUUACUUCCUAAAUUCAGUUAAA